CCGCCCUCCCGGAGCGCCCGGGUCCUGGCCUCCCGGUUCGCUGUGUGCUGCCCGCAGGUUCCAUUGAGAAAAGCUGAGCGGCGGCGGCGGCGGCGGCGUCUGCGCGGGAGCCGAGAACCGGCAGCAGCCCGCCGCCCGCCGCCCCGGCGGUCCGCGCGCUUGCAGUGCCGGGGCCGAGCCUCCGGCUUCCGCAGCGGCUCCGAGCCGGCCGCGGCGGGCUGGGGGCGCGGGCCGGGGCAGCUGCGGAGCGCGGGGGCCGAGGGCAUGAGCCGUCCCGUGGCUCCGCUGCGCCCCCGCCGCCCGCCGCCGCCCGCCAGGGGCUAGAGGCGGCCGCCGGGAGGGCACGCGGCGCCGGAGACAUGUCCAGAAGGAAACAGAGCAAUCCCCGGCAGAUUAAGCCCUCAUGGGUCUCCCUGUCCUGCUGCCUUGAGCUAGUUUCCCUGGCCGUGUUGGACACUGGCUGGUUGCACAGUGUGACUUGAUGGGCAGGCAUCGGAAGCAUCAGCAGGCCCUGCCUCCCUCCAUCAGCUAAUUACCCACCUUCCUUCACCCCCUGGAAAACCUUGGCAAAGCUGGAGAGUAAGGGCACCAAGGAGGACACGAGUAAUUCGGUUCCCUCGGAGACAUGGAGGCUGGAGAGGAGGCUCAGGCCGCAGACAUCGGCCUCCCAGAGCCGGAGGCUGCAGCACCUGAGCCCGAGGCCAAGGAGGAGCCCAAGCCCCUGAGCCCUUCCAGUCCAGAAGCUAAUCCCCUGCCCCCACCACCAACACCGCAACCCACAUCCCCUGAAGGCUCCAAGGAGAUGGAGGGGCAGGAGCCAGAGACGAGUCUGGAGGAGGAGUCCAGCAGCUCAUGGAGUGGGCCAGACGAGCUGGAGCAGGUCCUGCAAGAUGGGCAGAGGUGUGUGCGGGCUCGACGCAGCCUUGCUGAGGGCCUGUCCUGGGGCCCAUUCCACGGAAGCAUCCAGAGCAGAGCCUCAUCCCCCGGGCAGACAGAACCGAGCCCGGCCCUGACCCUGCUGCUGGAGGACGAAGCCUGCUGGCUGAGGACACUGCCCCUGGCCCUGACGGAGGCUGAGGCCAAUGUGGAGAUCCACAGGAAGGAUGGAGCCCUCUGGUGCAGGCUCACCAAGCCGGUGCCAGCAGGGGGACUGCUGAGCGUGCUCCUCACAGCCGAGCCUCACAGCACCCCUAACCACCCUGUGAAGAAGGAGCCUGCAGAGCCUGAGUGCCUGGCUCCCUCACACACUGACAUCCAGCUCCUGCCCCAGCAAGCCGGCAUGGCAUCCAUCCUGGCCACAGCAGUCAUCAACAAAGAUGUCUUCCCCUGCAAGGACUGCGGCAUCUGGUACCGCAGCGAGCGGAACCUGCAAGCUCACCUCCUGUACUACUGUGCCAGCCGCCAGAGUGCCGGCUCCCCUGCCGCAGCCGCCGCUGACGAGAAGCCCAAGGAGCCAUACCCCAACGAGCGUGUCUGCCCCUUCCCUCAGUGCCGCAAAAGCUGCCCCAGUGCCAGCUCCCUGGAGAUCCAUAUGCGCAGCCACAGCGGCGAGCGCCCCUUCGUGUGUCUCAUCUGCCUGUCGGCCUUCACCACCAAGGCCAACUGCGAGCGGCACCUCAAGGUGCACACAGACACACAGAGCGGUGUCUGCCACAGCUGUGGCUUCAUCUCCACCACAAGGGACAUCCUCUACAGCCACCUAGUAACCAACCACAUGGUCUGCCAGCCAGGCUCCAAGGCUGAGAUCUACUCACCAGGGGUCGGGCACCCCUCAGCCAAGCUCCCACCAGGUCUGGCCCAGGCAGGUCCUGCUCCAGCCCUGAAGUGUGGCCUUUGGGGUCUCCCUGCAGACAGUCUACCCGGCUUCCAGCAGCUCACAGCCCUCCACGGCUCCCUGGCCUCCUCCGACCUGGGCCUUGGGUCCACCUCAUCACCAGGACUGGACAGGAAAGCCCUGGACGAGGCCACCAAUGGAGAGGCCAGAACAGCCCCCCAGAACGGUGGCAGCAGCGAGCCCCCAACAGCGCCCAGGAGCAUCAAGGUGGAGGCGGCCGAGGAGCCAGAGGAGGAGCCAGGGCCCCCAGCCCUUUCGUCGCGGACGCCCUCACCACCCAGCUCCGCUCCCGUCCGGGUCAAGGCUGAGCUGCCCAGCCCCACACCCGGCUCCAGCCCAGGCCCCGGUGCGCUCUUCCUGCCACAGUUCCCCGCCGCGCCCCCAGCCUCGGAGAUCCUGGCCAAGAUGUCCGAGCUGGUGCACAGCAGGCUGCAGGUGGGGGUGGGCGCGGGGGCGCCAGCCGGCCUGCUCGCGGGGACCCCCAAAGGCGCUACCUGCUUUGAGUGCGACAUCACCUUCAACAACGUCAGCAACUUCUACGUGCACAAGCGCCUCUACUGCUCUGGCCGCCGCGCGCCCGACGACGUGCUGCCCCCCGCCCGCAGGCCCAAGGCGCCCCCCACCCCGGUGCGCGCGGCCCCCGCCCCGCCGCCUGCUGAGCCGGACAAGCCAAGUUCGUCGCCAGGCCCCGGGGCACGCGAGGACCUGGCCGGGGGCGCGACCACGCCCGAGGCAGAGACCGGCGGCGGCGGCCGGGGCAGUGAGGGCAGCCCAAGCCCGGGCAGCGGGGCGGACGAGGACGACGACCCCCGACGGACGCUGUGCGAGGCCUGCAACAUUCGCUUCAGCCGCCACGAGACCUACAUGGUGCACAAGCGCUAUUACUGCGCCUCGCGCCACGACCCGCCUCCGCGACGGCCCGCUCCCGCCGCGCCCCCAGGAAACCCCGGAAUCCCCGCGCCGGCGCUGCCACCCGUACGCACGCGCAGGCGCCGGAAGCUCUACGAGCUGCAGGCGGCCAGCCCCGCCCCUGCAGCGCCGGGCCCCGCCCAGCCCUCGGCCGCCCCGGCUCCAGAGACUUCCGCUUCGCCGUCGCCGCGGCCCGGAAGCGGAAGCGGGCCGGACUUAUCGGAGGGCCCCAUCGACCUGAGCAAAAAGCCGCGGCGCCAGACCUCCGCCGCUCCCGUGCCCGGCCCCGCGCCGGUGCUGCCUGCCCUGGCCGACUACCAUGAGUGCACGGCCUGCCGCGUGAGCUUCCACAGCCUCGAGGCCUACCUGGCGCACAAGAAGUUCUCGUGCCCCGCCGCGCCGCGGCGCCCGCGCGCCCCCGAGGAUCCCGCCGUCGUGUGCCCCUACUGCCCCCCGAACGGCCUGGUUCAUGGGGACCUAGUCGAGCACUUGCGCCUGGCGCACGGCCUGCUGCUGGGCAAGCCCCUGACUGGCCCGGGCCCCGGCGCAGAGGCCCGGACGCCCUCCCCCGCUGCCCCCCGCGAUGGCCUUAACGGCCAGGAGCCACCCACCGGCCCUGCAGACGGCAGUCCCCGGCCCGGCCCGCCCUCAGCCCCACCGACGCCUCCUUCCCACUCGGACAAAGGCGUCCAGACCCCCAGCAAGGGGACGCCGACCUCCCUGCCCAACGGCAACCACAGGUACUGCCGCCUGUGCAACAUCAAGUUCAGCAGCCUGUCCACCUUCAUCGCCCACAAGAAGUAUUACUGUUCCUCGCAUGCCGCCGAGCACGUGAAGUGACCGGUGGCCACACUACAAACUGGAAAUCGCUUCUCACGCCCGCUGCUCCCCAGGAGCCAGGGCCUGCCAGCCUGCCGUGCAUAAAGACGGAAUCAUCCCCAGGUCCCAGGCUGCUCCGGCUCCUGGGAAACGCACCAAGCACAGGCCUCAGCAGAGGGAACUGCAGUGGCAGCACCCGCCUGGAUCCUUGGCACUUAAUAAAGAAGUUCAGUU